AUGGCGUCUAACUCCUACCUUAUCGUCGGCGCCGGCGUCUUCGGUGUGUCCACCGCCUACACUCUCAUCCGCAAAUACCCCAAUGCCUCCGUCACAAUCGUCGACCGCGACGCCUACAAUGCCGAUUCGCGCGUCGCAGCUUCGUGGGACUGGAACAAAGUCAUUCGCGCUGACUACGAUGAUAUCAUAUACUGCAGGCUCGCGCUGGAGGCACAGGAUAUUUUCGAGCAAGAUCCGCUGUACCAGCCUUUCUUCCACAAGUCGGGCAUCUACUGGAUGUGCCGCACCGACUACGCCACACAAGUCGUCGAAAACUACAGAAAAUUGGGCAGGAAGGCGCAAAUUGAGGCUGUGAGCGUCAAAGAGGCUAGAAAACUCUACGGAGGUCUGUUUGAGGAUGCGGACUACAGCGAUGUCACGGAAGUCCUCGUGAACAAGACCAGCGGCUGGGCAAAUGCUGGAGACGCGCUGAAGGCGGUAACCAAGAAAUGCAUUGAGUUGGGCGUCAAAUAUGUUGUCGCUGAGACCCAGUCUUUGGCAUUCAACGGCGGACGAUGCACGGGUAUUAGAAUGCGAAAGGGAGACACGUUGAGCGCGGAUAAGAUAAUUCUCUCCACAGGAGCGUUCACAGCGAAGCUCCUCGAGCAGGCCGCAAAAGCAAGCAACAAACCCGAGAUCUCAGCCGGCGGCAGGAUAAUAGCAGGCGGAAUCACAACCGGCAUGACGCAGCUAGACGAAGAAUCCUACAAGCGCUUCGCAAACAUGCCCGUCGCAGUGCAAAGCUGGAACCCCACAAUCGUCUCCCCCACCCGCGACCGCGAACUAAAAUGGUGGGGCCAAAAGAUCUUCAAAAACACGCAAAACAUUCUAGGCAAGCGCAUCUCCGCGCCCCCACCAGAGAGCGACUACGCACAGUGGAAAGUCGCGGCCCCCCUCAAAGAAGACAUCGACUUCGCCAACAACAUUUUCUACGGUAAAAACGGCGCAAACUGGAAGAUGGAGAAGCAUCGUAUUUGCUGGGAUGCGUUUACCUCGUCUAGUGACUUUAUCAUCUCGCCGCAUGCGGGGGCGGAGGGGCUCUACGUUGCGACGUGUGGUUCGUUUCACGGGUAUAAGUUUUUUCCUGUGCUGGGGAAGUAUGUUGUGCAGAUGUUGGAGGGGGAGCUGGAGGAGGAGUUGGCGUGGAAGUGGGCGUGGGAUCGGGAGAGGCCGGAUGAGAGGCUUAAUGCGGAGUUUCCGAGGUGGGAGAUGAGGGAUUUGAUGGGGAAGCAGGCGAGAUUGUAG